ACACAGCGAAAGGAUCAUGGCGGAUGGCCCCAGGUGUAAGCGCAGAAAGCAGGCGAACCCGAGGAGGACAAACGUGAGUAACUACAGCCAUGUGCUGGAAGGCCAGUCUGACUCUGAUGAUGAAGAUAAGCUGCACAUCGUGGAGGAAGAGGGGAGCCUGCCGGACGGGGCCGACUGUGACAGUGUUGCCCCUGACGACGAUCCCAACGGAUGGGAUGAAGUGAAAGACGAGUGUGUUUCGGAUGGUGAGGACGAGAGGAGUCGAGACCCUCUGGUUGAAGAGAUGCUUCAGAAGGGAGACACUGCUGUCAUCUUUCCCGAGGCUCCAGAAGAUGAGCCACGCCAAGGAACGCCUGAGACUAGCGGCCACGACGAGAACGGCACUCCAGAUGCAUUCUCUCAGCUUCUCACCUGCCCAUACUGUUCCCGUGGUUACAAGCGCUAUACCUCUCUAAAGGAGCAUAUUAAAUACAGACAUGAGAAGAGUGAGGACAAUUUCAGCUGUAACCUGUGCAGCUACACCUUUGCUUACAGAACACAGCUCGACCGACACAUGAGUGCACACAAGGCCGGACGAGAGCAGCGACACGUGACUCAGGCAGGAGGAGGGGGUAACCGCAAGUUUAAGUGCACUGAAUGUGGCAAAGCCUUCAAGUACAAACACCAUCUGAAGGAACACCUGCGGAUCCACAGUGGAGAAAAACCUUAUGAGUGCUCCAACUGUAAGAAACGUUUUUCUCACUCCGGCUCCUAUAGCUCCCACAUCAGCAGCAAGAAGUGCAUUGGCCUGAUCUCAGUCAACGGUCGGCCAAGGCCUCCCUCUGCCAUCGGUGGCACCAAAACUCCCCAGUGCCCGUCCCCCUCCCUUCCCUCUUCUCCGCCCUCCGGCCGGACGCAGCUCCGUGACAAACUGGACUCUGGAAAACCCCUCCAGGAACAGCUCCCCCUGACCCAAAUCAAAUCAGAGCCUCUGGAUUACGAGUACAAGCCUGUGGUAGUGGCCCCCGCAGCCGCAGGCGUCAACGGCGUUUUCCAAGGGGGAGCCGCCGCCCCGCUCCAGGGGGCGGUACAGGCCGUGGUCCUGCCCACCGCUGUGGGGCUGGUCUCACCAAUCAGCAUCAACCUGGGGGACCUCCAGAACGUCCUGAAGGUGGCAGUGGAUGGCAACGUAAUCAGGCAGGUCUUGGAGAACGCUCAGGGUAAAGGACAGCAGGCGGGUACUGGGGCUAUCGGUAUCUCUCAGGCUCCUCAGCAGGUCAUCCAGGCCAUAAGUCUUCCCAUUGUGGACCAGGACGGCACAGCCAAAAUCAUCAUCAACUACAGCCUGGACCCAGCCCAGGCCCACAAUGCACUGCAGGGCCUAAAGAAGGAGCCUCAGACUCAGAAUCCAGAGGUCUGCAAGGCGGAGAAGUUACCAGAGGACCUGACGGUCAAGACAACCAGGGACAAAACCACCACCACUGUGGAAGAAAAGAAAGAAGAGGCGGAAAAGAAGAAGGACAGCGCAGAUCCCUGUGUGCCAUAUGCAAAUUCACCACUCACACCUAAACACUGUGGUAAAGAGGGGCAGCGAAUCAACGGGUCAGAGCUGGAGGGGGGUCUGUGCCCUGGGCAGCCCCCUCUGAAGAACCUUCUGUCCCUACUGAAGGCCUAUUUCGCUUUAAACGCAGAGCCCACCAAGGAGGAACUGGCCAAGAUCUCUGAAUCGGUCAGUCUCCCAGCAGAUGUGGUAAAGAAAUGGUUUGAGAAGAUGCAGUCGGGACAGAUUUCGGUUGCCCCUGCUUCGCCCUCAUCUCAGGGUGACCAGGCAUCUUCUGAGGAACUUGAUGGGGGAUCACUCAAGCCUGUCCCAGAGGAGAGUGCUGAGAUGGACUCAGAGGGGCAGGAAGUGAAGAAAUGUAACCCAACCGAGAGUGCUCUGACUGGGAUGAACGGGACAGAGAGCGCCCCUGCAUCCCCCUCACCAUUAAACCUAUCUGCAGACGGACCUGUGCCAUCCAGGACGGCCGAGGAGGGUGAGGGACCCCUUGACCUGUCGCUACCAAAGUCGGCUGCCACGGCAACCACGAGCGGCGGUCACGCCAACAGUGUUUACUCCGUUCAGGAAGAACCCCUGAACCUGACUUGCACAAAGAAAGAACUGCUCAGCAAUGCAAGCUCCGCUGCUGCCAUAUAUGCCAGCCAACCAAGUGCCAACCCCAUCAACAUUGUGACCACUCAACUGCCCACACUGGUGGCGAUCACAGACCAAGGCAACAGGCAGUGUCUGCAGGCACUCACCACCACUAAACAGACCAUCCUGAUCCCACAGCUAGCCUACACGUAUACCACUACAGCCUCUAGCCCUGCAAGCACAGACACACAGCAGAAGACCAUACUGCAGGUCAAUGGGAUCAAAGAGGAGAAGUUGGAGACAGGGUCAGAGGUUAUGUCAACUGUGGAGGAACAUACGGACUCAGACUCGGGUCCACUGAGGAAGAAGAUGAGGAAGACCGACAGCGGCCUCUAUGCCUGUGACUUAUGUGAUAAAAUCUUCCAGAAAAGCAGCUCAUUGCUCCGACACAAAUAUGAACACACGGGUAAGCGACCUCACGAGUGCGGCAUCUGCAGUAAGGCCUUUAAACACAAGCAUCACCUGAUAGAGCAUAUGCGCCUGCACUCGGGGGAGAAGCCAUACCAGUGUGACAAGUGUGGCAAACGCUUCUCCCACUCAGGCUCCUACUCUCAACACAUGAACCAUCGCUACUCCUACUGCAAGAAGGAGGCCCAGGGCCAUAACCAGGGAGCCGAAGAGGAGGACCACGCCGGAGAGGAGCAGCCGCAGAACGGCAGCGCCGCUCCCUCUCCUCCCUCCCACCUGGACUCAGACGAGCGAGGGAGCAGCGCAAGGGAGGACGAGGAGGAGAGCGAGGAGGAGAUGGGCUCCAGCAGCAUGGUGGAUGAAGACGAGAUUCAGGUGGUGAGGAUUGGAGAAGAGGGAGGGGAAGAUGAUGAAGAGAACGGAGAAGAGGAAGAGAGGAAGGAAGAGGAGACGCCAGAGGAAGCGAUGGAAGGAACAGAAGAAAGAAUCGGGGAAGAAGACGAAACGAGGGAAGGGGAGGAAAGGCCCGAGGAGAGGAUGGAUGUGACGGAACACGUCGGAGAGGAGGAGGAGGAGGAGGAAGAAGAGUUGGAAGGAGAGAAUGGCGAAGAGAUGCUGAAGGUGGUGGUCAUGCAGGAGGAAUGUGAGGUGGAGGAGGAGAAAGGAGGAAAGGAAGAACGAACAGAGGAGGAGGAGGAAGAAGAGGAGGAGGAGGCCAUGAAUGCAGAUGGGAGUGUAGCAUCAGACCAAACAGAUGAUAAAAAGGACUGUGAAAAUGAAAACGGAGAGAUUAUGAAGGAGAAUAAUAAAGAUGGAAUUCAGGAAAACAGUGUUACUGAGAAGAAGAAACACACGAGUGAGAAUGGCAAGUGAGAGAUGAAAUGAAGAUCGCCCGACAACUGUGUUUUGUAUUGCCUUUAUUAUUUGCUACAUUGACUUAUGUAGUCAUUUGAAGGAACAAAAUGAAAGCUUGCAGAUCUGUCUUUCUCUUCAGAGAAUGGACUUGAUGGUUCUGGAGAGCAAAAAAAAAAAAGACAGAAGAAGAAAGAGAGAGAGCGCUUGUAUGCUCUGACGCUGCAUUUUAGCCCACUACUGUGUACAAACCCCCAGGUGUGCCUGAAAAAGACAACAAAAAAAAAAAACAAGUUACUUUUUCCACGUGUGAGCAAU